UUGACUGGUUUCUCAUUGCAGCGUUAGGAUCUGGUUUCUGACAUCCUCAGACAAACCAAUGCAGGCAGGAGGAAGAGGGGAUCAGCAGGAUGAAUGCUAACUGAGUCAGGAGCUGCGCAAAUACAACCGAAAGUUCGACUUUUACAACAGAGGAAGAUUUUACUGAAGAUCGCGGUGGUUUGAUUCCCCACCUCUCCUCCGGACAUCAUGACGUCUUCUAUGCUCCGUCGACAGCUGAAGAACCUGGUCCAGAACUACUCUGAGGCCGAGGUCAAGGUGAGAGAGGCGACAUCCAAUGACCCAUGGGGCCCAUCCAGCUCUCAGAUGGCCGACAUUUCCGACCUAACGUACAACGUUGUGGCCUGUAAUGAGAUCAUGACAAUGCUCUGGAAACGGCUGAAAGACGACAAGAACUGGAGACAUAUCCACAAGUCCCUGACACUCCUGGAGUACCUGCUGAAGACCGGUGAUGAUCGCGUGCUUCUGAAGAUGAAGGACAACAUCUACAUUGUCAAAGCUCUCACAGAGUACCGCUUUGUAGAAAAGGAUGGCAAAGAUCAGGGUGUAAAUGUGAGAGACAAGGCCAAGGUUGUUCUUGUUCUUAUGGAGGACGAUGAGAAACUAAAGGAAGAGAGAGAGUUUGCUGUCAAGACCAGAGAAAAGACAUCAAAAAGUGCAGCCAAGAUGAGUGAAGAGGAGCUAAAAUGGGAGGAUGCUAAUAAAGGUUCUGAUGUUAAAACUGAUGCUUGGGGAGGAGAGAAAGAAGAGGAAGUAAAAACGGACCCAUGGGGAGCCCCCAAAGAACCUAAAGAGGCCGUAGGUCCAUGGGGUACCCCCUCAAGACCUGACACAACUGAAACAGCAGCUAGCAGUGGUCCCUGGGGGUCUCCAACAAGUCCUGAUAAAGAUCCAUUUGCAGCAGAACAAACUAAUGAUGAUUCUUUUGUGGCACCGAAAAAUGGGGAAGAUCCCUUUGCGGCACCGAAAAAUGAGGAAGAUCCCUUUGCGGCACCGAAAAAUGAGGAAGAUCCCUUUGCAGCUCCGAAAAAUGAGGAAGAUCCCUUUGCAGCUCCGAAAAAUGGGGAAGAUCCCUUUGCGGCACCGAAAAAUGGGGAAGAUCCCUUUGCGGCACCGAAAAAUGGGGAAGAUCCCUUUGCGGCACCGAAAAAUGGGGAAGAUCCUUUUGCGGCACCGAAAAAUGGGGAAGAUCCUUUUGCGGCACCGAAAAAUGGGGAAGAUCCCUUUAGUGCAUCAAAAGAUGACCCUUUCAACACCCCAAAGGACAGUUCAGACCCUUUCAGUGCCCCCAAAGACACGGAGGAUCCAUUUGCUGCUCAGAAAGAUGAACCAGACCCUUUCAGCUCUUCUAACAAUGAUCCGUUUAAUGCUCCAAAGGAUGAUCCUUUCAAAGCUCCAAAAGAUGACCCAUUUAGUACUCCAAAAGACGAUCCCUUUAGUGCCCCUAAAGAAGAUCCUUUCGUUACCCCAAAAGACGAUCCAUUCAAUGCACCUAAAGACGAUCCAUUCAAUGCACCUAAAGACGAUCCAUUCAAUGCACCUAAAGACGAUCCAUUUAAUGCACCUAAAGACGAUCCAUUUAAUGCACCUAAAGACGAUCCAUUUAGCUCUCCAAAAGAUGAUCCCUUCAGUGCAAAAGCAUUAACACCCCCUAAAGAGGACCCAUUUGCAGAACCGUCAUCAGGGAAAGAGGACCCUUUCACUGCUCCCACAACACCACCUAAAGAAGAUCCUUUCUCAGUGCCAACCAAACCUGCUCAAGAUCCCUUUGCUGCACCAACAACACCACCCAAAGAGGAUCCGUUCUCUACACCAUCUUUACACGCAAAAGAUGACCCCUUUGCUGCCCCAACAUCUCCACCUCAAGAGGAUCCCUUCUCCACAACAUCUAAACCGACCAAGGAAGAUCCCUUUGCUGCACCAACAACACCACCUAAAGAAGACCCAUUCACAGCGCCAUCCAGUCCACCAAAGAUAGAUGCCACAGAUCCCUUCGAUGCCCCUCUAGUGAGCUCGCCUCAAAGUAGCACAGCUGCAUGGGGAGCCCCAGCCACUUCUCCACCAGCCACCGGGUCAGAUCCCUGGGGGACCACGGCAAGUGCUUCUUCACCUAUCAGUAAUUCUGAUCCAUUUGGAGAUGCAUCCAAAGCAGACAAUGACCCGUGGGGGCCUCCAGCUUUGGCUCCUGCCAGUACAGACGAUGCAUGGGGUGAACCUGCUCCACCUUUAGACUCCUCCCCAUCUAGUGACCCCUUUGGAGAUGGAGCAUCUAAAUCCAAUGACCCCUGGGGUGCAUCAAGCAACACAAGUGGCAACGGCACAGGAAAGCACUCGAAGCAGGAAGACGCGACGUAUCGAAUGACUGCUUCCUUCUUGGGCUCAGCAGAGGCAUCACUGGUUGACUUGGACGAUCUGUUUUCAUGUGACCCUAAACCCAGACAGCGCCCUCUCAUUGACACCCAAACACAAGCCGUCGAGAUGCCCACCCCAGACCCCAGGAACCCAGCCUCCAAUGUCACGCUGUCUCCUCAGCAGAAGGAGGAGCUGGCCAAGUUAAGGAAAAAGCAGCUGGCCAACGCUGUCCACUACAUCUGGGAGACAGGGGAGGACAAGUACAUGCUGAGAUACUUCCACACCGGCUUCUGGCUGUCCUGCGAGAAGCACAAUGAAGGUGCAGAUCAGGAAGAAAAGUGUCGAAGUUUCAUUGAGCUGACACCAGGAGAGACACAAGGUGUGCUCUGGCUGUCUGUCAUCAGUGAGUUCAUGUACAUCGGUCUCCUGGCUAUGGGCUUGUUACUGAUGUGUGUGGAAGCACUGUGCCUCUGCGCCAAGAGGGAAAUGAACGCCCUCAAGAUCAAUGCCUUUGCAGCCAUGUGCACUGUCCUCUCAGGCAUGAUGGGGAUGGUAGCUCACAUGAUGUACACAACAGUGUUUCAGAUGACUGUGAGCAUCGGACCUAAAGACUGGAGGCCACAGAGCUGGGACUACGGCUGGUCUUUUGCCUUGGCAUGGCUUUCAUUCAGCUGCUGCAUGGCAGCUGCUGUGGCCACACUGAACUCCUACACCAAGACCAUCAUUGAGAUGAAGCACCGGGCUCGGGUAAGGCUGGAGGAGGCCCGAAAUACCACCAGUGCCCCCUCCUACGAGGAGGUUGUUCGAGCUGGGCCGGGAGGGAUUUACUCCGUCAGUCAGCUGAUGCAGCUUGGACAACAGGGGGCUCUAAUGGACCCAAUGUGGCCCAGAGGAGUGGGACCAGCUGUUGGACCUCUGGCAUGUGGCGCUGGGGGAGCACUGCUCAUUGGUGCUGGGGGAAAUGGUGUUGGAAUGGGAGGGAUGGGAGGUGGAGCAGGGGGAGGAAUGGGAGCAGGUGGAGUAGGAGGGGGGAAGCUGGCAGACCCUCAUGAUGUGGUUGUGGUGGAAGGCUGUGGCACCGAAGGAUGUGAAGAUUGUGAACGUGAGAUGGACGAGAUAAAUUAUGCCCUCCAGGAGGAGCGAGAGGACUCACUCUGCUAAGACUUCUCGGGGCAGAAGACCUCGACAAACAUCUCUCCACGGCAGAUUUGACUUAUCUCACUAAAACUACAAUAAAAUAUAUUUAAAAAAAUUCACAGGACUUGCACAGAUACACCUUUAACCUUUAACUGCUGUUUUGUACAUGUGGGGUUGUAAAAAUGAAGUUUCAAAUCAGUUCUAGACUAUUUUCAGUACUACAUCUAUUACAGUAUGAGAAUUUCAAUUUCUGGACCAGUAGGGAGCAAAAGAGCCCGAACUGUUAGUGUUGUGGUUUAUUACUGUAAGAGUUACCACAGCAACAUCUUCAUCCUAUCUCAGUAAUGUUUCUGUCCACAUGGCGGUAUAAACUCUGCAGAUGCAAGCUGCACAGAGCUGCAAAGUUGGGAUUAUUAUAUUGGCAAGUGAAUAUUUGAAUAGGGUUUAAUACUUGAAUCAGAAUAUUAUGACGUAACAUUUGUUAGGUUUGCCCUUCUACAUGUCUUACACAUGGAGUUAGCUUACAGUUGUUCCUGGCUGGAAGUACAUAUAACUUUAGGCAACUGAAAUUUAAACACACAAACACACACACACACACACAGUUUGAUUUUAUAAAAUUGCACAAAUUAUUUUGUUUUUCAAGCCUUACAUUUCUUCAGGGAUUUGAUGUAAUUCAGUGACUCGUUGGAUGUUAGAGAUGAUGUGAAUGUAUUCAAGGGGCAACAAUACAUAACAAAUAAUAUAACACAAGUUUGCAAUCACAUUUGCUGUAUGUAUAUUUUUAUUUUUAAUCUGUUUUUGCAUGAUUGUAUAAAAUUCUCUCCACUUUAAGGUGAUGAAUAAACAUGAAGCACAUUCAU